AUGAAAGAGGCAGCCCUAAUCUAUCUUGACAGAAGUAGAGGCCUCCAAAAGUUUAUGGAUGAUUGCAAGUACUACAAUGAUUCAAAACAAAGUUAUGCUGUCUAUCGAUUUAAUAUUUUAAUAAAUCCCUCUGAUGUUGUUGAAUUAGAUGCUGAACUUGGAAAUUACAUUUUACACCAUCCCUUAGAAGCUGCUCAAGUUUUUCAGUCAGUCUGUUUUGUUGCUGUUAAGACUCUCUCACUAAUUGGAGAAUUACAGACUGAAUCUCAAAUUAAUAUAGUGCUGAAAUUAACACAUUUACCUCCUCUGCCAAGUUAUUAUCUUGAUCUUUGUGAGUUUCCACUUAAUUAUACAUCUCAGAGAUUUUAUAUGAUGCAAGGAAUUGUGAUUGCAAUGACAACCACAACCAAGUAUACACAAGGUGCAAGAUUCCUUUGUUCAGAUGAAGCAUGCCCUCUUUCAAAAGGAUUUCAGUAUAUAAGAGUGCAUGUGCCUGGUGCUACAGAAUCUGCAACAGUAAGAAAUGACUUUUUGUGUCAUCUAUGUUCAUCUUCACUUCAAGAAGACAGAAAAUUCAGAGUACUGGGUGAUAAACAGAUAAUAGAAAUAAUUACCACAAAAGCCCUUCAUGCUUUUCAAGGAUAUUCUAAAAACCAGCCAUUUAGAUUUCAAUCACUUAGUAUUUUUUUAAGAGACGAAUUAGUGAACAAAAUGAAAAUAGGAAAUGAAUAUAAAAUUAUUGGGAUUCCAGUCUGUGUCAAAACCUCACAAACUGCUCUCUGUAUAGAAGCAAACAGUGUCUCUUUUUGCGAUCCAGAAGUACCUUCAGGAAUUAGUGACAACUUCAGGUAUCUCAUCUCCUUGACUUCUAGCUCGUGCUGGAAGUUUACAGCAAUACUUGCCAACAUCUUUGCAUCACAAAUUGUUCCUCCUGGUACUUACAAUUUGCUUAAGCUCUGUUUGUUGAUGAGUCUAGUGCAGACAAGUGACCAUAAAAAGGAAUUAGAAGAUUGCUUGGAUAUUUUAAUUAUAACAAGUGAUACUCUACUUGUAGACAGACUUUUGAAUUUUAGCAUAAGCCUUGUUCCCCGUGGUAUACAUCAUCCUGUCUCUACUGAAGUUUUUCCUACUGUAUCCAGAAAUAAAUAUGGAACUGGAGCAGUCACUAUUCAAGCUGGCAGUGCUUUGCUAGCAAAAGAUGGUAUCUGCUUUAUAGGAGACUUAGCUUUACAUAGGAAAGAUAAACUUGAACAACUUCAAUCAGUUUUAGAGAGCAGAAGCAUUACAGUGUACAUACCAGGAAAGAAGUUUGGGGAUGUUAUUGAUCAACAAAUGAGUUUUCCAAUUCAGUGCAGUUUUUGGUCUUUUGUUGAUAUGGAUGCAUCGUCAAGAAAAAAUGCACAGAAACCCAGCACUCUGAUUGGUCAGAUGGAUUAUGGUUUGAUUCCAACCAACCUUGUGGAGGCAUUUGGAUUAUUGAUUAACUGCAAUGAAUCAUCUCCUUGCCACCCACUUCUUUCUGUUGUACAACAUACUUUAAAGAAAGCUAUGGAUCCUGAAGGGCUGCUUUACCUAGCUUCUAAACAGUUUACAACUGAAGAUUUUGAAAAGCUACUGGCUUUUGCAAAGAAUUUGCAUGUAGAAUUCAGCUUGGAAGCAGAAAGAAUGAUUCAUGGCUAUUAUCUAGCAAGUCGCAGAAUCAGAGCAGACUCUAUAUAUGGAUCAAAGCUGUCAGCAUCUGCAUUAAAAUAUCUAUUUUCCUUAUCUGAAGCCCAUGCUCGUCUGAACUUAAGGAAUAAAGUGCUCAAAGAAGAUGCACUAAUUGCAGCCUUAUUAUUUGAAACAUCUCUCACAUUGAAAUUUGGGGCUUCUGUAUUUUGUGUUGCUCCAAAUGCACUAUUUCCAUUUGAACUGUAUAACGAGGAGUACUUAGAGCAAAGGGAUCUCUAUCUGACACAGUGCUUACAACAACUUCAAAAGUUUAUUGCCACAUACGGACCUGGGACAGUUGUCUUUUCUAGUGACGAAUGA